AUGCAAUUUUUUCAACAAUUAUCGGGGAAGUCACCUUCAACUCCCAAUGUUCGUCAAGUGAAAGAAAUCUUAAGCGAAGAAACCAUUAUAGAAACUGAAACUGUUGAUGAAACAGUAGAACAUGAAAUUGACAAAGAAACAUCGUCGAACAUCCCCACAGGACAAACCGUCGUAUUCAAGGAGCAACCAGUAUUUCGACAAGAUGUCAAAGAACAGGUUAUUGAUGCUCCUACGGUAGUACAAACUACCAAGCAGACAACUCUUACAAACGAUAAUACUCAAUCUUCAGAGAAUUCUAAAAUCCCAGUAAAAGAUAAUCCUGAAAUUUCGGAGAAGUCUGCUAAUGAGAUUAUUGAAACAUCCCCGAAUUAUCAAAAGAUUCAAUUCUCUGAACAAGAAAAGCCAGAUCAUGAGGCAAGCGAAGCUACAAAGAAAAAUAUAGACAUUGAUGAACAUUUGCAUACACCCGAAGAAGUCGCCGAACGAUAUCGCGUUGAUAUCAAUACUGCCAAACCUGCAGAAUCGAGAGGGUUGCAUGUGAACCAAAUUAAAGGUUUAUUGGAAGAGUAUGGUCAUAAUAUCCUUACACCCCCCAAAAAGAAACAUCCCAUCGUAAAAUACUUUGAAUGUUUAUUUACUUUAUUCAAUAAUAUAUUAAUGAUUGCGGGUGUUUUAAUGCACAUUUUAUUUGCUAUUGAUCAAAAAGAAAAUAAAUCCAUCAGCCGCGAUUUUAGAGUCAUUUUGAAUAUGAUUCCACAACAAUGUUAUGUCAUUAGAGAUGGUAGACUCACACAGAUCCAAGCAUCUACGCUAGUACGUGGUGACGUUGUUUUUGUAAAGAUGGGAGAUAAAGUUCCCGCUGAUUUACUGAUAUUCGCCGCAACUGAUAUGAAAGUGGAUAACUCCCCCCUUACUGGUGAAGCUUUCUAUCGUCAGCAGGAAUAUGUAGGUUCAACCUAA